CCGCCUCCCUCCACGCACGUGUGAAAAUAAAGCCUUUCUCGCGUCCUAUAAAGCUUAACCUCACCUUUCUUUUCUCAAGUUUCAAGUCACACACAAAAACUACAGCCAGGGAUAGUAAGAACAGAGACACAAACUAGAGAAGAGAGUAACCGCGAAUGCAAGGAGAAUUGGAAUUACCACCCGGGUUUAGAUUCCACCCCACCGACGAUGAACUCGUGAAUCACUACUUGUGUAGAAAGUGUGCUGCUCAGUCCAUUGCCGCUCCCAUCAUCAAAGAAAUCGAUUUGUAUAAGUUUGAUCCAUGGCAGCUUCCAGACAUGGCUCUUUACGGUGAGAAAGAGUGGUACUUUUUCUCCCCUCGUGACCGAAAAUACCCAAACGGUUCACGACCGAACCGGGCUGCUGGAACCGGGUACUGGAAGGCCACCGGAGCGGAUAAACCUAUUGGAAAACCGGAAGCCCGUGGAAUUAAGAAAGCCCUUGUGUUCUACGCGGGGAAAGCUCCGAAAGGGGUUAAGACAAAUUGGAUCAUGCACGAAUAUCGCUUAGCCAACGUCGAUAGAUCUGCCUCCAAGAAAAACAACAAUUUGAGGCUUGAUGAUUGGGUGUUAUGUCGAAUUUACAACAAGAAAGGGAAGAUUGAGAAGUACAAUAAUGUCGACGAGGUUGUGGAACAGAAACCGGCGAAAUUACCGGAGGAGAUUCUGUUCCAGCACGAGAUGAAGCCUGAGAUCCAGAUGUACGGCCACGAUCAUUUCAGGAAUAACCAAUUGUACAUGGACACGUCGGAUUCCGUGCCGAGGUUAAACACGGACUCUAGCUGCUCCGAGCACGUGGUUUCGCCGGACGGCACCUGCGAGAAGGAGGUGCAGAGCGAGCCCAAGUGGAACGACCUGGAGUUGGGCCCGGACCUGGUUUCGGGCUACGAUUUUAAUUUCAUGGAGCUGUCAGCAGAUGACGCUUUUGCCCAUCAGGCCCAGUUCCAAAUGAACCAGCCCUCGACGUGGCAAGAUAUGUUCGCGUACCUUCCGAAGAUAUUUUAAUUUUUUAGG